AUGUCGUUAUUCUGUUUAAUUAUCUAUGAGAAUUGUUUAGGCGAUAUCAACAUCAUUGCCCCAAUUAUUUCGAAUUUUUUCCUUGCAUCAUACGGCCUUUUGAACUAUGCAUGUUUCGACGCGUCGUACGCCGCCUCACCCGGUUUCAGACCUGGCUUCAAAUAUUUCAACAAGUGGUUGUCUCUAGGUGGAGCAAUGCUGUGCAUUGCCGUCAUGUUCAUCAUGAGCUGGUGGACAUCGCUGAUCACCCUCGUCUUCAUCGCUUGCUUGUACAUGUAUCUUUACUACCGUCAACCAGCCGUUAACUGGGGCUCUAGCGUACAAGCGCAUAGCUACAAGUCGGCGCUGGACGCCACUUUGGCGCUGAGCAGUACGGCUGAGCACGUCAAGAACUACCGUCCUCAGAUCUUGCUGCUCUCAGGCAAUCCGAUCACCCGUCCGUCUUUGAUCGACUUCGCCGCCCAUGUCACGAAGGACAACAGCCUGUUGUUGUGCGCUUUCAUAAUGGCGGUGAGUCUUCUCGCUUCUUUAUGUAACGGUUCUGAUCGUUGA